AUGUGUGUAAAACCAUCAAUUCCUGGUAUAUCGAAGCUUAGACACUUCGAUUCGAAAUAUAUGACGUUAUUAGCAUUAUUGUGCACUUGUACAGUUGUCAGUGGACAAUACAGUAAAUACAGAAUUCCACUGAAUAAUACGUCUUCAUUGUACUCUGAAUUGCCAUUGGAGAAUAAUAAUGAAGUUAAGAGAGGCCAAAUUAUGGAGAAAUGGCCAAUUAAGAAGAAUAAAAAAUGCGCUAAUGAUGCAAUUAUCAUUACCGAACUAUUACGCGAUUAUGAUAAACAUAAAAUACCUGGUGGCAGUAAUGUACAAGUUUCCGUCGAGAUUUGGGUUCAGGAGAUUUCAAAAAUAAUCGAAAUAACAAGUGAAUUUGAAUUGGAUAUUUAUGUAACGGAGAAAUGGAUUGAUCCAUCGCUAGCCUAUAAUCACAUGAAUCCAUGCAAAAAGAAUAUGUCGGUAGAUGGUGGUAAAAUAUUGUCUCAAAUAUGGAAUCCUCAUGCAUGUUUUGUUAAUAGUAAAGAUGCUUCAAUCCAUCAUAGCCCUUUUAGUAAUAUUUUUUUACAGAUUUAUAGCGAUGGUAGUGUGUGGCAUAAUUACAGGAUUAAAUUAACAGGUCCUUGUUUUAAUGCUUUACGAACUUUCCCAAUCGAUAAACAACGUUGUAUGUUAUUUUACGAAUCAUUUAACCAUAAUUAUGAACAGGUAGCAAUGGAAUGGACAGAAACAGCUCCACCAAUAACAAUUUUGAAGGAAAAUAUAACAUUACCUGAUUAUGUACUUGUUAAUUAUACAGCAUCAAGUGUUAGACGACUAUAUCCGCCAGGAAUGUGGAAUGAAUUAGUUGCCACUUUCACAUUUCAACGUCUUUAUGGUUUUUAUAUAUUACAGGUUUAUGUGCCGGCAUAUAUUUCUGUAUUCAUAUCAUGGAUUUCGUUUUGUGUUGGACCUAAUCUUCCUUCGAGAACGAUAGUUGGUGUAAAUUCACUUCUUGCUCUAACGUUCCAGUUCGGAUCUGUUGUAAGGAAUUUGCCCAAAACAAGUGAUGUAAAAGCAAUUGAUGUUUGGAUUUUAAGUUCAAUGGCUUUCAUAUUUGCGUCAUUGAUAGAACUUGCUGCAGUGGGAUAUAUGCGGCGAAAUGGGUCAACUAUUACAGUUAGAUGUAACUGUUCGAUAUUUUGCUUAGAAUGUCCAAUGUGGACAGCAAAUAAAUUAGAUAGAGCGAAUAAAUUAACGCGAGCAAAGAAGCUUUGGUUAUCACGACGUCUUAUGUAA